AUGAGCGAGGAUUUGGAUCAGAGACCAGCAAAAAGACAGCGUUUCUUUGUCGAUAAUGCUCCUUCCCUAAACCUCGACACAUCAAAUACAGACGCGUCGCUACCGCGGUACCACCCCGAGCUCGACAGUCAUGAUGCAGAGCAGGCUAGCAGGGACAAUCUCCCGGAGAUACAGUCUCCUGGGGAUGUCAAGUCUUCGAUAGAUUCCACAGAAAAUGCGGACCUGCCAUUGUCGACAGAGGUACAACACCCCACAAUAACGGAUGCGAACAUACCCACGCCCUCUGCUCUUCAAGAUGAAACGAAUCGGUCAUAUACGAACGAUCUUUCUGCAAAUAAUGAAGCUGCGGCUGUGGACUCAACAGGCUUUGAUGUAGAGCUUUUUACCAGCAUCGUGGGCGAACGACUCCCUCCUACCUCUAUUGAACUUAUUCGAACCGCCGCCUCGAACAACGUUGAAAGAGCAGUGAACAUAUACUUCGAUGGCUCAUGGAAGAAGCCCUUGAAGCCAAGUGCUCGGACAAACCCAGUACCUAUUCGUAAAAGUUCUUCUGUGCAGUCAGCCCACGCUGGAGCGUCCUCCCAUUCCAUGAAUGACAGUCCUUUGACUGAAUACGACUCGGUGUCGAGAAGGCUGCCCCCCUGGAGAUUUGUCGGGGCAUUCGGUGUUGGUGGUUGGGCAACUCGAAGCGGACCUGCCUUGCUGCAGCAUGGCGAUCCCGUCAAAAUCGAGCGUGCGAGAUCACAGCCAACUACCAAACGUGCCCGCGGAGGCAAGACGAUGAUCAAUCAUAAGAGCGAUGUUUUAACGCGAUUCACGAACACGCUUGGUCAAGAGGUUGGACGAUUGCCCCACGAGACAGCCGAGUGGGUUUCUACUCUGAUUGACCAAAAGAUCUGUCAUUUUGAGGGAGUUUGCGUCUUUAGUGAUGACAGGCUACGAGUCAAUGAUACAAUAUACCUACAGUUGCGGUGCUUUCUUCGUAAAGAAACGUUCCAGCAGGGUCUGUUAUGGGGAUCGACAACGGACGAUAACAGAUCUACUGGUCUCUUCGAAGAAAAAGAGAGUACCGAGGAAAAGAAUUUGCGCCUCCGGCAGGUAGCUCUCGUCAAACUUUUUGACGCGAUUGAUCUCAAACCCACGACGACGAAUCCGGCUACUGAGAAGCACAAAAAAAGCGGAAUUCUUCGGGCAGCCGAGAUGGCGGAAAAAUAUGAUGGUGUCAAAAAAGAGAAAGCGAAAGGAUCUAAAGAUCCCGAGGAUUCCUCUGAAGAAGAUGAGACGCCGGAACUUGCUCAAGAUCAGCUUGACACGCUGUACCGCAAAGCCCAAUCAUUCGACUUCAAUAUGCCGGAGGCUGAACCCGCUCCGACCUUUCAAAUGAACCUUCGAAAAUACCAGAAGCAGGCUCUUCACUGGAUGCUUUCGAAGGAGAAAGAUCAUAAGGAGACCCGUGAACGCUCAAUGCAUCCGCUGUGGGAGCAGUAUACAUGGCCGGUGAAAGACAGUGAUGAUAAAGACCUUCCCGUUUUCGACGGAAUCGAUCAUUUCUACGUCAAUCCAUACUCGGGGGAUCUCAGUGUGGACUUCCCAGCUCAGGAGCAGCACUGCUUGGGUGGAAUCCUAGCGGAUGAAAUGGGACUUGGAAAGACGAUUGAAAUGAUGAGUCUUGUCCAUUCUCAUCGGACGGAGCCUAGUCCCAAAGUUAUGAAUGGUAUCGGAUCAGUGAACGACCUUGCCCGGGUACCAAACUCAGCGGGUAUAGUUCCUGCGCCCUACACAACUCUAGUCAUUGCCCCCACCUCACUACUUUCUCAGUGGGAGAGUGAAGCCUUGAAGGCUUCGAAGCCUGGAACUAUGCGUGUUCUCAUGUACUACGGCGCCGAGAAAGCCGUCAAUCUUCGAGAUCUUUGCUGCGAAUCGAAGCAUGCAUCUGCACCGCAUGUUAUAGUUACAAGCUAUGGAACUGUCUUGUCCGAGUUUCGUUCUUUGGCAAUGCAAUCUAUGUUGUCGGCAGGUGCAUACGGCGGCUUGUUUUCUGUCGAAUUCUUUCGAAUCAUCCUCGAUGAAGCCCACACUAUCAAGAAUCGGCGUUCAAAAACCACCAAAGCCUGCUGUGAACUCAAGACCACCCACCGUUGGGUCCUCACCGGUACUCCAAUUGUCAACCGAUUAGAAGACUUGUUUAGCCUCGUGCGAUUUUUGAAGGUUGAGCCGUGGAGCAAUUUCUCAUUCUGGAAAACGUUUAUUACAGUUCCAUUCGAAUCUAAGGAGUACAUCCGGGCUCUCAAUGUUGUACAAAGUGUCCUGGAGCCCCUUGUCCUUCGGCGAACUAAGAGUAUGAAAACCCCCGAAGGCGAACCCUUGGUUCCCCUGCCACCUCGAACAGUCACCAUUGAGGAGAUUGAACUACCUCAAAAAGAGCGAGAAAUCUACGACUGCAUCUAUAAUCGCGCCAAACAAACAUUUAAUGAGAAUGUCGAAGCUGGCACUCUCCUGAAGUCUUACUCAACAAUUUUCGCUCAGAUUCUCCGUCUUCGCCAGACAUGCUGCCAUCCUGUUCUGACUCGCAACAAAAACGUGGUAGAGGACGAGGAAGUUGCCGCAGCUGUAGCUGAUGCAGCCAAUGAGAUGAAAGAUGACAUGGACCUUCAGCAACUGAUAGAUCAAUUCACUGCGACGACGAAUGAAAAUGCGGAAUCAGAAGAUCGCUCUGUGAAGUUCACGGCACACGCUCUUCGUCAGAUCCAAACAGAGUCUAGCGGAGAGUGUCCUAUCUGCUGCGAAGAACCAAUGAUAGAUCCAGCAGUGACGGCAUGCUGGCACAGUGCUUGCAAGAAAUGUCUUCAGGACUUCGUGACGCACCAGACAAAUAAGCAGGUCAGCCCACGGUGCUUUUCGUGUCGAGCUCCGAUUGAUGCCAAGAAUAUCUUCGAAGUUGUUCGCCAUCACUCUUCCAAUCCGACACCGAUGGAUGGAUUUGCUUCCAGCGAUACGCCACCAAACAGCACCCAGCCUGCUCCACGAAUUUCUCUUCGUCGAAUCAAUCCACUCUCCCCAUCUGCCCAUACGUCGGCCAAAAUCCAUGCGCUGAUUGGCCACCUUUCACGGGUUCCAGCUGGCACCAAGUCAGUCGUGUUUUCUCAAUUUACGUCCUUCCUAGAUCUCAUUGGCCCGCAGCUCACUGGAGUUGGUAUCACGCAUGUGCGCCUAGAUGGUUCCAUGGCCCAAAAGCAACGUAAGGCGGUCUUGGAGGAAUUCACGAAGACCGAAACUUAUGAGGAUGAAAUCAUUGACUCCGAAGCCGAAGACAACGGAAAAUCUUCACCUAAACAGGCCCCCACAGUUCUACUGAUUUCACUACGCGCUGGUGGUGUUGGUCUCAACCUCACGGUGGCAAGCAAUGUCUUCCUCAUGGAUCCCUGGUGGAGUUUUGCUGUUGAGGCCCAGGCGAUCGAUCGUGUUCAUCGUAUGGGUCAAACGCGAGAUGUCUCGGUCACACGCUUCGUUAUCAAAGAUUCGAUUGAGGGUCGCAUGCUGCGAGUCCAAGAGCGCAAAAUGAACAUUGCUGGCUCGCUUGGCCUACGUGUGGGUGGUGAUGAAGGAGACGACAGCAAGAAGGAACGGAUUACGGAGUUGAAGAUGUUGUUUGAGUAG